AUGGAAAGCCAAAAAUUUAUCUGUAGUAUCUGCUCAUCUUCAUUUACGCGCCCGGCGCAUUUGCAGAGGCAUCAACGCUCCCGUAACGGCGAUGAUUCAUUUCAAUGCUCAUAUUGUCUGUUGAAGUUCACACGCAGAGAUUCCUUGCGAAAACACUGGAAAUCAUGUUUACUCCGGAAGGCUGUAGGACAGCCCAUCCCCAGUCCUGAACUGCGUGGGAGGAAACGGCGGGCCUGCGAUCAGUGCUCUGCGAGUAAGCGAGCCUGUAAUCUUGAGUCACCGUGUGGAACUUGUGCCUUAAAGGGUUGCUCAUGCUCGUAUCGCCGAAUGAGC